UCCGCAGAUCUGCAGGCUGAGCAGGAGAAGAGCGAGGAGGCCGCGGAGACCCGCCUGCUGGGAUUUUGGGGUCUGCUUAUUCUAGCCUUGACAGCAGGGCUCUCAUGCUGCAGCUUUUCUUGGACGGUGACAUAUUUUGAUUCCUUUGAACCUGGAAUGUUUCCCCCAACUCCGCUUUCACCUGCACGAUUCAAAGAUGGCAGAAAAGCUAUGCAUUUGGUAAUCUGGCCAGCAGGGCGGCUGACGGGACAUUCUUUUCACAUUGGUUAUAGUAUGGCAAUCCUGAAUGGCAUCGUGGCAGCUCUUACUGUGGUGUGGUGCCUGAUAUGAAUCCUACACUGAUUCAGACUUUAAACACAUUCUUUAGGAUGCACAUGGAUCUACUUCAAAUCCUCUAGGUUGAGUUUCAAUAGCACUGUGAAAUGACCUUUCAGUUUUUUAAUAGAAAUGCCUCAUGGUAUGUUCCAGAGAGAAAUCUUUGGGCAUAAAAGGAUAUCCUGGUCAGUUGCAGUAGGAAGGGUGGAAAACUGCCUAAUGCUUACAGACAAAAUAUAAGUAUUAAGACAGAUUCACAAAUUGAAAAAAAUUUUAAAUCCCUACUAUGACACUUUUUAUACUUUAGAAUAAUGUUUCUUUAAUAUUAGUGUACUAACAUUAAUGUACUACAGGAAUCAUAGUAAUAAUAUAUUGGACAUGCAUAGUGUCCUAUUUUAAAAUGCACAGUGUUAAUUAUAAAACAUGUUAAUGUUCUUUUUGCCGUCUGUAUGGCAUAGGCAAUGAAAGCCAAGCUGACCUUUGACAUUUCUGUCUGCUUUUCCAAUAUUACCACAGUACUGUUUAGGUUCUAACAUUGCAGGGAAAUUGUUAUUUAAACAUUUUAUUGCAUUUAAAAAACAUUAAAAUAUAUUAGACUUUAUAAACUACUUUAUCUUUUUCUAUAUAUUUACAUAUAUAUAAAUGAACUAAAUCUUUAUAUAAACUACGUGAUAGUGUGGUUAGCUGGGAAGAAUGUAAUAUGCUGCAAUUGCAGUGUAUGCAAAAAUUUAAAAAUUGUCUUAUGAAUGUAUGGAAAUUUUCCAUUUUGUGCCAAUGAAUUCGACAGAAUAUUGCUUUAGCUCUUUAUACAUUAUAUACAAUUUUGAUAUUUCUGACAUUGCAAUAGGACGCUCACAUUUUAAAUGCAAUAAUUAUUUUUAUGACUUAUGCUUAUUUGUAAUAUAUGUAAAAGUAAGAUUUUUUUUUUUUUACAGUAUUUUUCUGUGCUUUUAAAAGUAUCAGGAGCCUAGCAGUUGCACUGCUUAGAAUGUCAUCUGUCUGUACAUACUUAACAUGACAUAUGGUUGUUUUUGUUGAAUGCAUAUUGGUUAUAUCCUGUUCUUAAAAUACUAAGAAUGAGAUUGAAAGUGAAUUUGUGUAGUUUGAAAAUUAACGUUCUGAAGCAUGUACAGAUUUGCAAUUCAGUUUGAUUGGAUCUAAGCAAAUACUUUUACAGCUGACUACACUCUAAAAACAAAAUACCAGAGCAAUGUAUUUAUGUAUAAAGGUGUGCCUGUUAUAUAAAAAGAGUAUUUAUAGGAUUGUUCUUUUGUAUAAACCUACGUAUGUACAUACAGGUUUGAUUUUUGUUUUGUUUUUACAGCUUCGGGUCCAAGCAUUUACUGAUAAUAAAUUCAUGAAAAUUUGUAUUGUUGUUCUUAUUUUAUAGUGCUGGUAAUGUUCGCAAGUAGCUUU